AUGGUUGCACAGGCCGCAACUGCUCUAGACCUCUGGCUGUAUGCUAGGAAUGCCGUUCAGUUUGUGGUUGCAUAUCCUUACUUUUACCUUUUCCCAAUCCUCACAAUCGCCCGCAACUCGGCUCUUGCAGACUCAGCCGGGUCCGAUAAGCUCCCCAACGACUCACCCAACUUUUUCACCGCAUUCAUAUUUCCGUUUAAGCCAUUCUCUGUCUGGGUCGUUGAACAAGUAUUCCGAGAAGUCCUGACCACCUUUCUCGGUCGGUAUCUUGGACAUAUCGCCAAAACCAUCAUUGCCAUCGUGUUUUGUGCCCCAUUGAAACUCUUGCUGUGCGAGGCAGUAGAACUACUGGUCAUCUCGUCCGUUGCCCUAUCUUUCAAAGACGCCGCCCAAGACGUGGGCGUCAUCCCACAACAAACCGAUGAAGCAACUUCCGACACAAACUCGACGUGGGUCCUGGCUUUGUUUGCCGCUAUCGCUGGUCCAGUUGGGAUAGUUGUUUUACUGGAGUGGUUUCCAGCUACUGUGAUCUGUGUGCGAGCCGCUCUUUCACUCCUGGAUCCAAGAACGCUGGACAUCUCAUCCCUUGAGGUUAUCAAUAUCACACCGGUUCUUCUAAAGUGCUUGCAGUGCUUCUUAGACCAUGCUCUUUCCCGGGAUCCGGCCCAAACUACUGCCGUGUCGGCGCCGUACGUCGUGGGCAAGAACUCGAUCACGCCGUCAUCGAGUAGAUCCCUCACGAAGAUCACCUUUGGUCUAGAGGAUAUAGCAUUGAUCAAAGGAAUCCUUGACAGAACCCUCAAGCCAGAUCUUUGA